CAUUUACUUUUUUUUUUAUUUUCGUUUUUCUAACACCUCAAUAAAUCUAAUUGUAACUCUUGAUUAAUUAACUCUGUUGAAUUUUCUUCGUGUUCCUUUGAUAUUACAUUUGUCACAAUUUCUUAGAAACAAAUUUAAUUGAAAAUCUCAGUUACUUAAAUCAUGUCCGGACCUUAUUCAAAUCAACCACCACCGAUUGGCCUUGUUGGUCCACCGCCGAACGCACCACCACCAAGUUACCCUGGUUAUCCACCUGCAGGUCAACCGGGCGGUUACCCACCUUACCCUCAGCCUUAUGGGGCACCUCAACCAAUGCAACCGCCGCCGAUGCAGCCUCCUUAUGGACAACCAGGUUAUCCACAACCAGUGCACCAACAACAACCAUUAGAAGGUAAUUGGAUGCCAGCACCUAUGAUACCUAAUUGUCCACCAGGAUUGGAGUAUUUAACUCAAAUUAAUCAAUUACUUGUCCAUCAGAAGGUUGAACUUCUUGAGGCCUUCAUUGGUUUCGAGACCAAAAAUAAAUAUCACGUUAAAAACAGUAUGGGACAAAAGGUUUACACUGCUAGUGAACAAACUGAUUGUUGUACUCGAAAUUGCUGUGGAUCAUCUCGACCUUUUGACAUGAAAAUCCUCGAUUAUCAAAAGCGGGAAGUGCUUCAUUUCUACAGACCAUUACGAUGUCAAUCAUGUUGGUUUCCAUGUUGCCUUCAACGAUUAGAAGUUUCCGCUUCCGGAUCAGUUUGUGGAUACGUUGAACAGUCUUGGUCAAUUUGUUUCCCCAAAUUUAGAGUCUGUAAUGCCGCCGGUGAAACUGUCCUUCGUAUCGAAGGACCUUUUUGUACCUUUUCCAUUUGUGGGGAUGUUGAAUUUCAUGUACUCUCUCGAGAUGGUAACACUCAAGUUGGUCGAAUCACCAAAAAGUGGUCUGGCCUGGCUCGUGAAUUGUUCACUGACGCUGAUCACUUUGGUAUCUCAUUCCCGAUGGAUUUAGAUGUUAACAUUAAAGCAGUUCUAAUGGGAGCUUGUUUCUUGAUUGAUUUCAUGUUCUUUGAAAAUUCAAUUUGAUUAUUAGUGGAUUUCAUGUUCUUUGAAAAAAGUGGAAACAAGGAACAAGAUCGACCAGGAAUGUUUGAUUAAUCAUUUAAACUCAAAUUGGAAAAGAUUGGUCACAAUUAAACUGAAUAAUUAGGCCUUUAAUCUUUGCAACAAUUAAUCACAAUCAUCGUCAUCAAAAUCCACAAAAAAAUGAGCACAUUUUUACUUUAAUCGUAAUCAUUUUUUCUUUGUAAACUCGACAAUUAAGCCUAAAUUGUUUACGGUUUAAACCAAAUUGAAAUGAGACAACUUUGAAUAUCAAUUAAUACGAUAAUCAAUUUAUCAAUAAGUUUUUUUUAUAAACAAACCUUAUAUAUUAUAUCAUUAAUAUCCUUAAGAAAAAUGUGCAAUUAUCAAGGAAAUUAAUUAAUUUACUGAGAGAAAAUUUAAUUUGAUUGCAAUUUGGUGGUUCAAAUGUUGAUACAGUUUGAUCUUAAUUGUUUACCUCUUUUUCACAAAUUGUUGUGGCCAAAAACCUAAGCUAAUUUAUCCUCAAGCCAAAAUAAGUUGUCCUUAAUCACUUUGCCUCUUUGUAAAUAAAUUAAUUGUUCACACUUUUGCUUUGAUAUUUUAA